UUAUUUGCCAGACGCCGCACCUGUUCUGCUACCCAGCACAGAGCAACUUCUCUGGGAGGAAGUAUCCCCUUAGCCAUGUGAAUGGCAUCCAGGCGAGACACCUUUACCCAGCAUGUGACCACCAAGGCCACUGGUCUGGGGGCCCUUCUUGUCCGUAACGACGCAGCAGGCAUGCUAAAAAAGACUUAUUUUGGAGGAGGCACAGCAGCAGCUUACCUUUCUGGAGAAGAUUAUUAUGUGCAGGCAGCAAACAUUUCUGACAGAUUUGAAGAUGGGACUGUGUCUUUUUUGGACAUCAUUGCUGUAAAUCAUGGUUUUGACGCUCUUUACAGGAUCACAGGGGGCAUGCACAACAUUCAGCAGCACACGUUUGGCUUGGCACGCUACACUUACAUGCUGCUGUCAAGUCUUUGCCAUGGCAACGGGCUACCAGCUGCUCAGAUAUACUCCGAAGGCCAGUUUGAGAGUCCAAUCACACAGGGCGCAAUCCUAAACUUCAAUCUCAAGGAUUGUUAUGGACAGAUAAUUGGGUAUUCUCAGGUGGACAGAAUGGCCAGUUUGUACAAUAUCCAUUUGCGCACAGGUUGCUUCUGCAACACCGGGGCCUGUCAGUCCUUCCUCGGGAUCACCAAUCAGCAGAUGAGGAGAAACCUGCAGGCUGGCCACGUCUGCGGAGACGGCAUCGACCUGGUGGAUGGCCAGCCGACCGGAUCUGUACGCGUGUCCUUUGGCUACAUGUCGACAUUUGAAGACUGUCAAAAGUUCCUGAACUUUGUUGUUGAGUGCUUUGUAGAGAAACCAGUCACAGUGGACCAAGUGAGAAUAGAGAAGCUAAAAACAGCCACAGCAGCAUCCCAGGACGUAAAUGAAUAUCCAAUCAAAAUCCCUAAUGGAGAAAUAUGUAAAGUAGAUGAGAAGGAGAGCCCUACAGAAGCAUUACUGAGGGGAUUUGGACACAGAGACUCAAACAGCCAUGAGGAAGCUUAUACUCUAACCAACAUCUACAUAUAUCCCAUCAAAUCAUGUGGAGCCUAUGAGGUCAACGACUGGCCGGUGGGACCACUGGGUUUACUGUAUGACAGAAGCUGGAUGGUGGUGAAUGGAAACGGCGUGUGUCUGAGUCAGAAGAGAGAGCCGCGUUUAUGUCUCAUUCACCCACAAGUCCACCUGCCCUCAAACAAAUUGCUCCUGCAGGCAUCAGGGAUAGAUAGCAUUUCGGUUCCCCUGGAAAACAACACUCAAAUGCACACGAGCUAUCGGGUGUGUCAGAGUAAAGUUUGUGGUGACAGGGUGGAGACUGUCGACUGUGGGGAUGAGGCUGCAUCGUGGCUUUCAAACUUCCUUGGACAGCCAUGCCGCCUGAUAAGACAAAGUCCUGAUUUCACCCGAGACAUGAAGAAGAGGCCUAGUGGAGGAACCGAAACAACCGCCACCUCAACGUCCCUCUCCCUGGUAAAUGAAGCUCAGUAUCUCAUGAUCAACCGUGCCAGUGUGGAGCUCAUUCAGAAACUAAUGAGCAGCAGGCAGGACGAUUCGGAGGGCGAUCAGCUCCUUGACACACAGAAUAUCAUUAGCCGCUUCCGAGCCAAUUUAGUCAUCGCUGGAGUAGAACCGUUUGAGGAGGAUAAUUGGCCACACUUGAUUAUUGGCAACACUCCAUUCGUGUUUGCAGGUCAAUGUGGAAGGUGCCAGAUGAUUGGAGUAGACCAGGAGACUGGGACCAAAACAAAAGAGCCGCUAAUGUCUCUGGCGGCCUACCGCAAUGGGAAGGUCACUUUUGGUGUGUACCUGACCCAUCAGCUACCAGAAGGCUCCACUAAAGCCAGUGUCCUCUCUGCUGGUUCCCUGAUACAGCCAGAGCCACACCGUUCUUGAAGUAGUCAUCUGCAUCAUCCUCUUUAUUUUGCUGACGUCUUUAGCCCAAAGACGUAAUUUCUGCGCUGCACAUCCUAAAGAUCACCUGUCAAACACUGUGGCGAGUUUCUAUAGAUUCUGCUCUUUAAUUUGUCUGUGUGGCUUUUGUCCUCUCAAGUGUCCAUUUCAUACCCGGGCAUUCAGAUUUUAUUCCAUCCGAGUCUGUUUUGAUGGGAAAUGAAUGAGACUUCUGGAUUUAUUUUACCGCCCAAUGGUUACAUUCUUAAAAUGUGUGCAAUGAAGUGUAUUUAAUUGCAUGACAAAAUUAUAAUUUUAACCAAAACAUUCCAGGCUUGAUCCAAUAAUCGCUGCUCAUGUUAACCUCCCCACAGUUCUUCCUCUGUUUAUUCCCAUGGAGGCUUAUAUUGCUAUUUAUUCCAAACACACCAGUGCUGUUACUGCUGCCACAAAUCUAUAACAUAUUGCUCCCUGUAAUGGAAAGACCUAGAAGACACUCAGUGCUCAGUGUACGCUCUCAACGUGGUGCAGACUUGGAAAUCAGAUGGAACGCCAGAAAAAAAAAGUAAUAUCUUAGCCACCAGAAAUAAUGUGCUUAGAGUGACAUGCUUGUACCAGGGGUUCCGCGGGGUCUUACAGAGUCUAAAAUUUCAAAAUCAAACUUUUUAGGCCUGAAAAAGUCUUAAAUUAACUGAAGUAUUGUGUAACAGGUCUUAAUUUUUAUUUUUAUGUAUUCUGUCGUCUUGUAGUUCUUUCUCUAGCUAGUCCAAAUAUAAUUUCGCUGUAUUACAACUACAGACUUUUAUUGCAGCCAAUCAGCUUUCGUGUUAUUGGUGCGACCAUGCAAGUAUCUUUGGGAUUGUACUACAGACAUAAAAUGGAUUUUAUUCUUCAGCUAUGGGGGCUUGAAAAAAACAUUAUUUGGAAACAUUAUUUUAAGGUUCAAAAGAAUCUUUGGUGCUGCUUUAAAAAAUAUAAACUAAGAUCUGUAGUUUUACCAACUAAACUUGAGAUGCUUAUUAUUAUUUACAUGCCUUCACCUCGUCUCACAUUGACUACUGUAACGCACUUUUCUCCUCACUUCGUAUGUCUGCUCUUGAUCGUCUUCAGUUAAUCCAUAAUGCUGACGCAAGACCGCUCACUAGGUCAAAUAGACGAUCUCACAUUACCUCUGUUCUUAACUCUUUACUGGCUCCCUGUUGCAUGUAUUGAAUGGAUUCUGUUUGAAAAUCUCACUCUUACAUACAAGCUUUGCAAGGUCAUAUGUGGCUGAGCCACAUAUUGGUCAGCACACUUUCUUAAGGUCUAAUGGGUUGGAUUAACUGUCUAGCCCACGCACUUGCUUUAUCACCCGUGGUUAAGCUUUUGAGUCUGUAGCACCUAAACUAUGGAAUGCUGUGCUUUCACCUAUACGGUGUGCCGUUUCUGUGGAUUCUUUUAAAAAUCAAAUAAAGACAUACCUGUUUGGA